AUGUAUGAAUUCGGAGUUAAAAUAAGUAAAAAUAAAAACAAUAUAGCUGACUGUAAUUUACAUCGCACAAAAUAUUUUAACAAGAUAUGUAUCUAUGUUUAUAGAUCGUGAAAAUUUUAUCAGCAAAGUUAUCUAUCAACCGCAUGGUUAUUUAGCAAAACUACGACACAAUUCGACUGAUAAGCAUGUGGUUUUUUGUUUUUUCCGUUUUUAUCUUUGUUUAAAUUUCUCUAUGCAUCUUUUUCGAAGCAUAUAAAACAGGAGAGGAGUAAAUGAAAGCUGUAAUUUUGUUGCCGUCAGAGUAAAAUAUUCGUAUUAGUAACUACGAUAUACUGUCUAUUUAAAUAUAUAACAAAGCGUAAGUGGUAAACGGUUAUCAAACAUUUGGUGAAAGCUAUUUCGUGUUCACAAAGAUAACGUUUUAAAUUAAACUAAUUUAACAAAUGUGUACACAAAUUUCUUCGAUUAUUCGUUUUUUAACGUAAAUAUGUAUAAAUAUGUUUUUUUCUUUUUCAAAGGAACUCUAUAUUGUGUAUUACUGAAAUUGAAAUAUUCGUUAUUAUGGAGACUUAUAGAUAAAGUGCUUCAAUUAAUCGUAAUUUUCUAAACACUUUAUUGUCUUUUAUUUGCUGCUUUCGAUAACACCGAUUAAUUUUGUCUACAUAGGUUACGUACGAACCUGCAAAUGGCUGAGAUAGUGAGAAGGAAAAAGGUGUGCGUAAUAGGAGCCGGCGCAGCCGGACUCUGCGCAGCCAGACACUUUGCGCCAAAUUUGAAUUUCGAAUUGAAAGUUUUCGAGCAAACAAAUAAUAUCGGUGGUACGUGGGUUUAUAAAGAAGCAACUGAAGUUGACGAAAAUGGUUUGCCCGUUCAUUCGAGCAUGUACCGCGAUUUAAGAACUAAUUUACCAGCGAAAAUUAUGAAUUUCCCUGACUAUCAGAGACUGAAUGCUGUAGAACCUUGUUGCGUGUCACACCAGGAAGUUCGAUCUUAUUUACAGAAUUACGCGGAUCAUUUUGAUUUAUUUAAAUACAUUCAGUUUGGGACAAGAGUAGAAUCCGUUCGAUUGCAAGUGUCAGCUGAAGGUGAAGAGGAAUGGGCCGUGCGAAUAAAAAUUAUGAAAACAAAGGAAGAGAAAGAAAUUAUUUUUAAUGUUAUAAUGAUUUGUAAUGGACACUACUUUGAUCCUUAUAUGCCAAAGAUACCUGGAAUCGAAAAAUUUCCAGGUAUGAUAGUACACAGUCAUUCAUAUCGGAAGCCGGAAGAUUUUUCUGGUAAAAGCGUUUUAAUUUUGGGAGCAGCUGCUUCUGGAAUCGAUAUCGCUCUCGAUUUGGCUAGUCACGCAAUUCGAAUAUAUUUAAGCCAUAAUAAUGAAAGGUUAAAUACUUCUUUACCAUCAAAUAUAAUUGAAGUGUUAGGCGUGGAGAAGAUAGAGGAAGGAAAAAUUUUUUUAAAAGAUCAAAGUUCCAUUACGGCGGACGUAUUUAUGUUUUGUACAGGAUACUGGUACAGUUUCCCAUUUUUAGACGACAACUGUGGAAUUCGAGUGGAUGAUAAUUUUAUAACUCCUUUAUACAAACAUUUAAUCAAUAUCGACCAUCCUACGAUGUGUAUUGUUGGAGUGCCUACUGUUGUUCUUCCAUUUCCUAUGUUUCACAUGCAAAUACAAUAUUUCCUUGCACUAUUAGAGAAAAGAGCAAUCCUGCCGACAAAAUUAAUUAUGUUGGAGGACUCGAAGUUGAAAACAUCGAAAAAAAGACACGCGCAUAAAUUAAUGGACAAGCAAUGGGAUUACAAUAAUUCAUUAGCUGAUGCUGCAGGUUUCGAUCGUUUGCCAAAAUUCUACAAACUUGGAUACGAAGCGUGGUCAGCGCAGCGAAAGGCGAACCUCUUGAACUAUAAGAGGGCCAGAUUUAUAAUAUCCGAAGAUGAAGAAAGUGUUGAACUGGUCAUGCCGAAAUAAAGUGUAUAAAAUUGUUAAGCAUAACAGUACAGUUUUAUAAAUUUUUCGUAGUGUUGUAUUUAAUAAUGAUAUUGAUUUUGUACAAAGUCAAUAACAAAUGAAUUCGCUGGGCCGCUUCAGAAUUUCUGAUUUCGUUGUUGCUUUCGAAAGCGCGGAACAGAUUAAUUAAAAUUACUGAGCAAUUUAUAAAGUUGACAUAGUUUUAUUUUUAAUCCAAUCUACUAGAUCGAUAACGUCGGUAUAGACACCAGGUGAGUAUGGUUGACCGCAAUCGUCGCCCCACGAAGUUAUACCGAUUAUGAUAUUGUCCCUGUUAACCAAUGGACUACCAGAAUCACCCUAUGGGAAACCAAUGAUACUUAGAGUAAGUUAUCGUGACAAUUAAAAUAAAUUUCUGAUUAUUAUAAAAUGAAUUGUAACCUUGCAUGCAUCUUUUCCCCCUUGCGAAAAUCCAUAACAAACUUGAUGCUUUGUCACUUCAUAUCUGCCUUUGUAGUCCUUCCUGCAUUGUUCUUUAUUCACUUUCGGUACAGUAACGUAUUUUAAAUCAUUUGAUAACAUCGGCUUGAUAUCCUAAAAAAAAUAGCCCCACCCGGCAAUUGAAGCCCAACUUGCGUAAACAGAUUCAUUUCCAGGUAACUUGACAGGCUGUGUCGCAUUGUCAAAUUUGAACGAUGGAGAUACCUUCAAUAAUCCAAUAUCGUAAUCGUUAUUAAGCUCAUUGUAUUUUUCGUGGUAAAGAAGUGUCGUUACAUUAUGAACAACUCCACCAGCAUCGUAUUUAUUAGAUCCACUACGGAUGUUUAUCGAAACGGAAUCAUUGACAAAUCUAUGAACCGAACGUAUAUCAAAUACACGAAAGAAAA